GGCGCAGGCGCGGCGCUCCCCGUGUGACGUCAUUUCCGGAGAGCGCGCCGGCCUGGAGCUGUCAUGGCCGCCGCCGCCAGGAUAGUCGCUGCCGUUACCAAGAUGUUAUUUCCUGUGCUGAGGAGAAGCGCUCCCGUUCCCCACCAGCAAGGCCUCUUCUUCCUGCGCAACGCCAUGCGGACGUUUGCCUCGCGGACGGAGGGGGAGGUCCGGGUGGCCGAAAUCCUCAAGGAGAAGUUUCCACAGGCCGCUGCAAUCAAAGUCGUGGAUAUUUCAGGAGGCUGUGGAGCAAUGUAUGAAAUCCAUAUAGAAUCCGAAGACUUUAAGGAAAAGAGAACCGUGCAGCAGCACCAAAUGGUCAAUGAGGCUCUCAGUGAAGAAAUCAAGUCCAUGCACGGACUAAGAAUAUUCACCUCAGUCCCCAAGCAGACCAGCUAGGAUCCCCUGCUGCCGUGAUAGGUCUGUGGAUUUUGGGGUUUAUUGGGUGUUGAGGAGAGACUUGAGCCUCCAUUGGCCCACGCUUGGCUUCUUUUCCUUGGGCGUUGCAGCCGCAAAACACACACACACAAAGCCACAAUGCCAGGACUCCCAAGACCGACUUCCGAGUCUGAAACCGGCUGCCUUAACUGCAUCUGUUUAUUAUUUUGUCCCAAGGACCGCGAUAGAGGGAACUUCUUUUUGUACAAAUGGGACUGAAUCCAAGAAGAGAGGAAGCUUAUAUAGUCCAGAAAGUCAAGCAAGUGUUUUGUUUUUUAAAAAAGGCUAAAGUGAGCGAUGAACAGAUUAAAAUUAAAAAACGUCCUGCCUGUUCCUUGCCGGAGAGCCAUAAAUAAGAGAGGGACGAUGCAAUGAUAGGGCUUAGAAAGGGGCGCUGUUCUCACAGGAUAGAUACGUAAAUAAAUUUAUUCUCACAGAAUAAA